AAAAUCCUCUCACCUCACCCAAUCGUUCCCCCUUUGUACUCCACGUCCACAUCUUUCAUCUCUCUCUCUAAUAAAACCCCCAAACACCCCUUUCUCACACACAAACACACACUCACUCACUCACUCCACACCACAAUGGCCUCAGCCGCUGCCCCCACCACCUUCUCCCUCCUCCACUCCGCCGCCGCGGGCUCCUCCGCCUCCUCCUCCUCCUCCGCCGCCGCGCGCGUGCAGCUCUCCUCCUCCUCCCUCCGCGUCCGCCCCCUCUCCCGCCGCCUGGGCUUCGCGGCCGCCGACCCGCUGCUGGCGGCCAACGUGGCGGCGCGCGUGGCGGCCGUGAGGGGCGGGAGUGCCGCGAGAGGGGUGGUGUCGAUGGCGAAGAAGAGCGUGGGGGACUUGAGCGCGUCGGACUUGAAGGGGAAGAAAGUGUUCGUGAGAGCUGACCUCAACGUCCCGCUCGACGACAACCAGAACAUCACCGACGACACCAGAAUCCGCGCCGCCGUUCCCACCAUCAAGCACCUCAUCCAGAACGGCGCCAAAGUCAUCCUCUCUAGCCACUUGGGGCGACCAAAGGGUGUCACUCCCAAAUACAGCUUGGCACCUCUUGUACCCCGGCUUUCUGAACUCAUUGGCAUCCAGGUUGUCAAGGCUGAUGACAGUAUUGGCCCAGAAGUAGAAAAGUUGGUGGAUGCUCUUCCAGACGGAGGUGUUCUUCUUCUAGAAAAUGUGAGGUUUUAUAAGGAGGAAGAAAAGAAUGAUCCUGAGCAUGCAAAGAAGCUUGCCUCUCUGGCAGAUCUGUUCGUGAAUGAUGCAUUUGGUACUGCUCACAGGGCACAUGCAUCAACAGAGGGUGUUACUAAAUACCUGAAGCCAUCUGUUGCAGGUUUUCUUUUGCAAAAGGAGCUUGAUUACCUUGUUGGGGCAGUAUCAAGCCCCAAAAGGCCAUUUGCUGCCAUUGUUGGUGGUUCCAAGGUCUCGUCUAAAAUUGGAGUGAUCGAGUCACUUUUAGAAAAAGUUGACAUCCUUCUUCUUGGUGGAGGAAUGAUCUUCACAUUUUACAAGGCACAAGGUCUUUCAGUGGGUUCAUCCCUUGUAGAAGAAGAUAAGUUGGAGCUUGCUACAUCACUACUUGCAAAAGCCAAAGCAAAGGGUGUCUCUCUCUUGUUACCAAGUGACGUGGUGAUUGCAGACAAAUUUGCUCCUGAUGCAAACAGCAAGGUCGUGCCAGCAUCUGCCAUCCCUGAUGGCUGGAUGGGAUUGGAUAUUGGUCCAGAUUCUGUUAAAUCAUUCAGUGAAGCAUUGGAUACCACCAAAACCAUCAUAUGGAAUGGGCCAAUGGGAGUGUUUGAAUUUGACAAGUUUGCUGUUGGAACAGAGGCUAUUGCAAAGAAAUUGGCUGACCUCAGUGGAAAGGGGGUGACCACAAUUAUUGGAGGGGGAGAUUCUGUUGCAGCUGUGGAGAAAGUAGGAGUUGCUAGUGUCAUGAGUCACAUAUCUACUGGUGGCGGUGCCAGUUUGGAGUUAUUGGAAGGCAAAGAGCUUCCAGGAGUCCUUGCUCUUGAUGAAGCCACACCAGUCCCUGUGUAAGACUGUUUUCAACUUGGAAAAUUUUCCCAUCCUCGGGUGUCUGUCAUCAACCAUGUAAAAGAGCACAUGUUGUAGGACCCUUCGGAGUCUUUUAGUGUAAAUUUAUCAUGCUCGAGUUAUUUUCUUCACACAUAAAUUGCGUGUAACUGUAAACCCAGGCUGAGAGCCAUAAAUUCAAAUAAAUCCAUUAGUUGCUGCCAAAAGCUUUUUGCA